AUACAAAUUAAGGUAUUAUUAAGUCCUUCGUCUGUCGUCUCUCUCCCUCGCUGUUGUCCAAGCUCCUGAGUCCUUAGGCAGAGCGAUCCGAAGCUGCUGUGAUCUUUUCAUCAAAAUUCUCUCUCUAACAAUGGAUUCCUGCCCUUCCGUGAAGAACAUUCUACUUCUAGAUUCUGAAGGAAAGCGUGUUGCUGUCAAAUACUAUACAGAUGAAUGGCCAUCAAAUGCCGCAAAGGAUGCAUAUGAGAAGGCUGUUUUUACCAAGACUCAAAAGACUAAUGCAAGGACAGAAGCCGAGAUAACAAUGUUUGAAAACAACAUUGUUGUAUACAAAUUUGUUCAAGAUCUUCAUUUCUUUGUUACUGGGAGUGAAGAUGAAAAUGAACUAAUACUGGCCACAGUGCUUCAAGGAUUCUUUGAUGCAGUUGGUAUUCUUCUUAGGGGCAAUGUUGACAAGAGGGAGGCACUUGAAAAUUUGGAUCUUAUUCUUUUGUGCCUUGAUGAAAUUGUCGAUGGGGGAAUCAUUCUCGAGACAGAUGCAGAUAUUAUAGCUGGGAAAGUUGCAAGUAACAGUAUGGAUGCUGCAGCACCUUUGUCCGAACAGACUAUUAGUCAGGCACUGGCCACUGCUCGUGAACAUCUCACUAGAUCUCUUUUGAAGUGAUACAUUGAACAAACAAGAAAUGAUGAGCAAUGCAAUGCAAUAUCAAACCUCCACCACAACUUCUACACAUACUUUGCCUGCUAAAAGCUUCCUUGAGGUUCUUGUUUCUUCAUUUUAGGACAUGCAAUCUGCAAACUUGUUUCAUGCCCGAGGAGACUGGAGAGGAACUUUUUGUAAUGCCGUUAUACAAUGUGACAUUUUCUUGGUUUUCUAGUUUUCCCCCCUCCAUCCCUUCCAGUCUAUUGGCGGUACAGCCUUUAUGACAGUUGGGAUCUUUUCUUGGAUUGGUUACAAUGUUUAGCUUACAACUCCAGUUUUGCUUUGUGUUCUCAUUUAUAUCUAUGAAUUUGUGGUAAAAAUAUUGAGUUUGAACUUUUAA